GCAAUAUUUUAUGGAGUAUUAAGAGUGCCAAAUUACAAAAAUAAGUUGCGGUAAUGUCUGAGCAGAGCAAGGCGGGAUUUGGGCCCAGAUCUCGGUCUGAUUGGUGAACCGGUUCACCUGACAGACUCUGCUGAGGACCAAACACUCCCACGGAGCAGCGGAGCCACUUCCUGGUCGGAUCCGCGUUUUGUUGCCCCGCAUCCCGCAGAGCUCUCUGGACCUCACGGCGGAGGAAGCACCGCGGCAGAGCGGCAGCAGCGGCCUGGUUCAGGGCUCGGCCUCCCGGAUACACUUUCCUUUAACACCUCGUCGAAAAAAAAACAACCAAAAACCAAAGCGGCGGUGGUGGUGGAGAGAGGGGAGUCGCGGAGAGCCUCUGACCGGAGAGCAGAGAGGUUAGCCGGGAUUGAGCUAGCAGCAGCGGCGGGGAGGACCGGGGCUCUCUCGGUUCGGUGGAUUUGAUCUCCCGAGGCUUCAAACUACGGGUAGACUUCAAGAAACUUCAGUCGAGAGAAGCGGGAGAGUGUGAGCAUGUGUUUGGAGCCACGGGCGCUGUAGGAUGAAGAGCCCGGCGCACCGCACCAGGGACAUCGAGCGGCACGCCGGCUACCUGAAGCCCGAGCACUGCGCCCCCCCUCCGCCCCGGACCGGCUCCGACACCAUGUGGUUCAUCCGUGACAGCUGCGGCAUCGUGUGCGGCAUCAUCACCUGGCUGCUGGUCUUCUACGCCGAGUUCGUGGUGGUGUUCGUCAUGCUGCUGCCCGCCAAGAACGUGGCCUACAGCCUCAUCAACGGGGUGCUGUUCAACGGACUCGCCUUCCUGGCGCUCGCCUCUCACGCCAAGGCGAUGUGCACGGACCCGGGAGCUGUGCCUAAAGGGAACGCUACCAAAGAAUUCAUCGAGAGUCUGCAGCUCAAACCGGGACAGGUGGUUUAUAAAUGUCCAAAGUGCUGCAGCAUCAAACCCGACAGAGCUCACCACUGCAGUGUGUGUAAACGCUGCAUCAAAAAGAUGGACCACCACUGCCCCUGGGUGAACAACUGUGUCGGAGAGAACAACCAGAAAUACUUUGUGCUCUUCACGAUGUACAUUGCACUAAUAUCCUUCCAUGCGUUACUCAUGGUGGCCUUCCAUUUUGUUUUCUGCUUUGAAGAAGACUGGACGAAGUGCAGCAACUUCUCCCCGCCAGCGACCGUCAUCCUCCUCAUCCUCCUCUGCUUCGAGGGCCUCCUCUUCCUCAUCUUCACUGCUGUCAUGUUUGGGACUCAGGUCCACUCCAUCUGUACCGACGAAACGGGCAUCGAGCAGCUGAAGAAGGAGGAGAGGAGAUGGGCCAAGAAGUCCAAGUGGAUGAACAUGAAGGUGGUGUUUGGACACCCGUUCUCUGUGGCGUGGCUGAGUCCGUUUGCGACGCCCGACCACGGCAAGGCAGACGUGUACCAGUACAUCGUGUGAAAGCUGGAACCCCACCUGUGGACACAGACUGAUGCGUGGAAAAACACUCCUGUUCCCCACGUCUCCUCUCCUUCAUGGUUUAUUCACAUUUCAGGGUGUUCUGUUGUGAGGUAUUAUGUUGUUUCUUUAGUUGGACUGUUUCCCUCUUGGUGCUGACUGAGGAUAACGGAGCGUCGCUGCACAGCUCGGUUAGAAGCGCUGAAGGAUUUGUCCAAACCACAGCGAGAGUUAAAGAUCCCUUCAGUCCGUCUGAUCAUUUCCUGCUUCCACAAACAAUGUGAACCAGAGUCCAGAAUGUUUCCUGUCUCCAGGCGCCACGACGGACGCCUGCUUUAGUCUUCCUGUAGAACGCUGUCACCAUCCUUCCUCUUCGUUUGCUGUAUCGCCGUCGUUGCAAUAGUUUUUUUGUUUGUUUUUUUGCCGGAUGCUGCGAAUGAUUUGCCUUGGAACAGUGCAUUAGUGAGCAGUGGCUGUUUUCUAAAGAACUUUCUAUUUAUUUGCCUUAAAGUCACGGUUCAGGUCACGCUGGUCAGCAGUGUUUCAGUUUGUUGGAUCUUUGUUUGAUGCCAGAUCAGUGGAUUUGUUCAGGUCGUGUGAAAUUUAAUCCGUUUUUUCAUUUGGUUUUCUCUCAGUUGCAGUGAACUCCACCUCAUCUGGCACCGCAGGAAAGUUUAACCCUGUAAGACCCAAAAAAAGAGCAAAAAAUAAGUAAAUAAAUAAAUGAAACAAAAGUAAAAACAAACAAACAAAAAUAUAGAUAUUUAUAAUUUUUACGUUAAAAAACAAAGCAAAAAAUUAAUUAUGUAUAUAUAAAAUGAGCAAAAGAAAUAAAUUAAAAAAAAGAAUAAAUUAGAUAUAAAUAUUUAAAAAAUUAUGAUGUAAAUAUUAAAUUAUAUAUGCACACAC